GGGUUCUUCUUACGCGCCGCACGACCGCGCACCUCCUCUUGCCAAAGCUCAGUGCCUGCUAUCAACGGCCUCGAAAGAGCACACGCGAAAGCACAGGAACAACAGUAGAUAACACAUCUCUCCUCUUCCACCGCCCGCCAGCAAUGCCCAUGGCGGCCGCCAACGUCUCCCUUACCCCAACCAGCGCCAGCGGCCUCUUCUGCAACAGCUCCCCGCUUGCGAGCGCCAUCGCAGUGGCCACCACCGAGGCGGACGUCCACGCGCUGGCGAACGUCGUGCGCGGGCAGCACUCCCCGCAGCCCGGCUCCUCGUGGGCGACAGACAUGUACGGGGCGCCGCAGCCGACGGCGGUGGCCGUUGCGGCCCUCCACCCAAAGCGCACCUCGCUGUCCUCCACGUCCACAUCCACGCCGGCGGCGGCAGCGGCAGCGGCGGCAACAGCAGUAGAUGAUGACACCCUUCUCCCCUCGCCUUCGCCCUCCCCCACGGCUUCGGAGGAGCAACACCAGGCACAGCAGCCACCGCCGCCGAACGUGUCGGUGGUGGAGGUCGACGACGACGGUACCGCCACGGCACCUCCCACCGCCGCGGCGGAUGUCUCGCCGGGGCAGCCGCCUGCACACAGCUCCGCCUCCGGCGCGUCGCGACUGCGCAAGAAUGUCUCAUGGCAGUGCGGCCUCUGCGGCUACCACGUCCUCGCGAUGGACCAAGACGGCACCCCGCUGCCCUUUGCGAAAUCGGCCUUUGACAACGUCCUUCCGCUGAUGUGCCCGCGGUGUAAGCUGUCGCACACGUCGUGGCAGCCGUCCACCCCCUUCAACGAGCAGGGCGAUCAUCUGAACUUGCCGACCACGUACUCCAAUCGAUACGUGGCACCGCGUGGGCCGUCGGCGGGCGCGGCGCGUACGCCGCUCGCAACGGACUCCGCCGUGGCAAAGGAAGACGCCGCAGCAACGGGGGACGGAAAUGACGGCGUGCGGCUGCUGCUGCGCUCCGCCUCGCCUUCCACCUACGCCGGCGUCGGUGCCGUCGGCAACACGUUGCUGAGUCAGCGCGCGGCGGCGGCAUCGCUGACGGUGGUGGCGCAGCGGCGGGCGGCGCAGCUUCGACUGCACAGCGGCGCGACGUCGGUGCAGCGGCGCGCGUAUUACUGCGGGCAUUGCAACCGCCGGCUUCUCCGCGUAGACGCGAACGGAGAACUGGUGGACAUGGACCGUGACGAGGAUGGCAGCAUUCGCCCGAUUCGUUGCCCGGGGUGUGGUGAGCUGCACAGUGACUGGGUGGUGAAGCCGUACGCCGUGCGACGCUAG